AUGGCAUUGACCAGGGUCCGAUUCAAAGUCCACGGGACAGUUCAAGGUGUCAGUUUUCGAGCCUUCACUCAAAAACGAGCCACAGAGUACGGCGUAACAGGCUGGGUACGGAAUACUCCUGAUGGCAGGGUAUGUUCUUUCUCCUUCCCUUUCAUGAACCCGAAGUUCGCAUCAUCAUCAUCAUCACCAUCACCAUCAUCACGGGAAAUAGCCAACAGCGCUGAAUAUAUGACACAGGUCGAAGGCGAAGUCCAAGGCGAACCCGACCUCGUCCAAAAACUGCUCAAGGACGUCGACAAGGGUCCUCGUCACGCUCACGUUGUAAAACUGGAAAAGGGUGAAGUCGAGACACUAGACGAUGAAGAAUCCUUUGAGAUCAGAAGAUAA